CUCUCUUUCCGUGCUUGCUAUUCCGUAGACAACCAUGGCUGUCUUCAAGAAGAACGUGCUGCGGAAUAGCAAUAGCACAAGAACGAACGCUGCGCAAUUGACGCUACGACAAUCCGUCUAUCCGCUUGCACUGGUCACAAUCUUGUUCUUUCUAUGGGGCUUCUCCUACGGACUCCUCGAUACCUUGAACAAGCACUUUCAAAACACCCUACACAUCACACGGGCCCGAUCGAGUGGCCUCCAAGCAGCUUACUUUGGAGCCUACCCUCUCGCCUCGCUCGGCCACGCCAACUGGCUACUCCGACACUACGGCUACAAAGUCGUCUUCAUCUGGGGCCUCUGCUUAUACGGCGUCGGCGCCCUGAUCGCCUGGCCAUGUCUCCUCCAUCGAUCCUUUGGAGGCUUCUGCGCUGCCAUCUUCAUCAUCGGGAAUGGACUCGGCUCCCUCGAAACGGCAGCCAAUCCGUACAUUACGGUUUGUGGUCCGCCGAGGUAUGCUGAGAUGCGUAUCAAUCUGAGCCAGGCGUUCAAUGGUAUCGGAACUGUCAUUGCGCCUGUGCUGGGGUCGUACGUCUUCUUCAAGAAUACAGGUGAUGACACUGGUUCGUUGAAGACAGUGCAAUGGGUGUAUCUCGCCAUCGCGGUCUUCGUAUUCCUGCUGGCGAUUGUCUUCUACUUCUCGCCAAUACCAGAAAUUACGGAUGCCGAUAUGGAAUUUCAAACACAAGAUGCGGGCGCAGAUACGGCGUCGGACAAGCCCUUUCGCCAGCAGUACCGUCUCUUUCACGCGGCGUUCGCUCAGUUCUGCUACACGGGCGCUCAAGUCGCCGUUGCUACCUACUUCAUCAACUACGUCGACGAGACGCGUGCCAACACAGGAUCAGACACCGCCGCCCGAUUCCUCGCCGGAGCCCAAGCAGCAUUUGCCAUUGGGCGUUUCGCCGGUGUGGGAAUUAUGAAAUUCGUUCGUCCGAGAUGGGUUUUCCUGGCCUACAUGUCAAUGUGCAUCGUCUUCAUCGCUCCGUCCAUCACCCAGCGUGGCAACACCGGCAUGGCAAUGCUCUACAUGACUCUGUUCUUCGAGUCCAUAAUCUUCCCCACCAUUGUCGCUCUCGGCAUGCGCGGUCUCGGCCGCCACUCCAAACGCGGCUCUGGUUUUAUUAUCGCUGGUGUCGCUGGGGGCGCCGUAGUGACGCCCCUAACUGGCAAAGCAGCCGACCUUAACGGCAAAGUGAACGGCACCGCGACGGCGAUGGCGGUCCCACUGGCCUUCUUCUUCGUUCCGCUGACGUAUGCGAUUUGUGUGAAUUUCGUGCCGGCGUAUCGGGUGGUUUGUGAUCGGAUGGGAAAUGCGGAGGUGGGGUUGGAGGGUGCU